AAUCUCAAAUCGAUUUGAAUCGAAUCAGGUGUGAUUAGAUUUGUACCCGGAUCUAGCCAAUGGAUCACAGGGGUGAUUUGUUUUGUCUCCAAAUCACCCAAAUCAGCUAGCUUUGGGUACAAAUCGAUUUGUACCCGAAUCAAUUUGCACAUCCCUAGUUAUAGUGGCAUUAGCGUCAUUGCAUCUUGUUCAGCUGUACUUGGCUGAACAAGAGCUAUGCUGCAUAUUGUAGGAAUCUACAAGUGAGAUAAAUCUAGCAAUGCCUACACUGCCAAAGAGUAUUGGACCACCAAUAUUAGCCUUUUUGAGUUUUUCCACCACCACAAGCAUUGCCAUGUAUUCCCCAUCCAUUAAAAAUCCCUUAACAGAUCCAUCAAGCCUUCUCCUAUAGCACCCCAUUUUGCUCUCCAAAGAAUGACAGCUUUUAAGUCACAACAUUUGCUUAAUGUUGGGGUAGGGUGUGAGAACUUUCUCAUCCUGUCCUGAAACUUGUAUUGGAGAAGUGCUGUCUUGGUUGCAGGUGCCAGUACAGUAUAUACCGGUAAAAGGUUUGAAUGCAAGAAUGAAUGCAUGGUCUACUCCCUGAUGUUGAAGAAAAUGGAUGAUGCUACUCUGAGGGUAUUUAGGAGCUGGAGUUUACACAAAUGCUGUUUGGCUGGAGUCGUAUAUGUUCACUGAAUACCAUGGUUGAAUCUGUGGCUGUACUAUUGAACUUGCAUGCAGUACUGUGUGAAAGAUCAGUCAGUCUUGGGGAAAAAAGACUCAACCAUUUUAUAUAUAUUACACAAUAAAACAUAAUGGUGCCAAAGGAGACAUUAAGAGUCAUUCAAGAGACUGCACUACAUCCUCUUUAUACUCUUUGUGCUAGUUGACAUCUCAGAAACAUAGCAAAGGAGGAUACAGGCACAAAGGUAAUUACUACUGUUGUGUAUUUUUUGAUCUGGUAAGCAUAGUAAAUUGUAUUUUUUAACAAAUACAAAGACUGCUAACAUCUGCCAUUCAUAAACCAACUAUUCUAGAAUAGCUCUACUGAUUAAGUAAGAUUACUCCAGGGCUCUCGUUGGGAUCUUAAGGAGAUCCCUGCAGCAGUCUCACAGAAUGGGAUUCAUUGAGUUAAGGAACUGCAAUUCAAAUAAGCAUCACUAGAAUUAUAAUGGUGUGGCCUGAUCCUGUGCAUGCUUAUUGGGGUGAUAUCUUAAAUGUAAUGGGCCUUCUUCCAUAGGAUAAGAUUACAGUCUUAAGGUUGCUAUUUUCUGGAUGGGGAGGGGAUGAGUACAUUGUUGUAAAUAACCAGUUAAGUUGCUGGCAUAAAAUAAAGCCUGCAAUGAAUUGUCUCUUCAUGUCAAGCUCUCAUGGUAGUUUAGGAUGUCAAGGAAGGGCAAGACAAUUUAUCCCUUCCUAUCACUUCUUAUACUUUUUUGUGAAACCUCUCCCAGUGCUGUCUUCUUUUUCUGAACAGUCUUUCAUUCCAGUUUAGUGUUUGUCUUAAAGAGUCCUCAUUUUGUCAGAAACAUUGUAGCUACUCAUCUCUCUGGAAGAUAGAAUAUGAAAUGAAUGGGCUUCCAUAAAUUCCUUUGGGCCUAUUGCUGACUUUCAACAUAGGAAGCUGCCUUAUCUCAAGUCAGACCACUGGUCAAUCAAUCAUUCAUUCCAGUUUUAGUAUAUAUGCUGCCAAAGCAAGCACAUUGGUUCAUCUAGCUCAGUAUUGGCUACACUGACUGGCUGCAGCUCUCUAAGGUUUCAGGCAGGGGGCUUUCCCAGCCCUAUCUGGAAAUGCCAAUGAUUGAACCUGAGGCCUUCUGCAUGGAAAGCAGAUAGUCUACCAUUGAGCUAUGGCCCCACCCCUAAAGGUGGCAUACAUGGGUCUCCCAUCGAGGCACUGCCUACAGCAAGAUCUGUUUAGUUUCAACAAGGAAGCUGUAUCAUGUGCCCUUAGACCAUGCUCUGGAACCAUGCUUCUGAAUAUUGACAAUCCAAGAUGACUUUUGAAUUUCCAAAAACUCAAGCGACUCAGCACUCAAUGCUGACAGUUACCUAAAUGUGAUAGUCAGCAUUCACUUAUGCUCAUCAAGUGGCAAAAUACAUAUCUGUUUCUGGGUAUUCCCAUCUGAAUGCUGGAGAGGUUCGCCCUCGGUUGCCACCAACACGUCUGGCGCCUACUCGGAAAUGGGCCUUCUCCCUUGCAGCCCCUGGAAUUUGGAAUGCGCUCCAUGUUGAAAUAAAAGCCUCCCCAUAUCUGGCAACUUUUUAAAAGGCACUGAAGACACAUUUAUUCACCCAGGCCUUUAAUUAGAUUUAUAGUUUUAAAUUUUAAUACUGGGUUUUAAAUGUUUUUAAUCUUUUAAAUGAUUUUAAUUGUUAAUUGACUUAAUGUUUUAAAUGAUUUUAAUAGUAAACCACCCAGAGAUGCAAGUUUGGGGCGGUAUAGAAAUAUUAAAAAAAAAAAAUGCUGGCACUCAAAUUGCAGACAUUCACUGUAGCAGUUAUCUGGGGGCAUUCACAACAUUCAUCUGGAUCUGGGUAGCCACAACAGUCUGGGACUGACAGCAUUCACAUAUGAAAGCCAAGAGAAUAUAGAAAAAACACCAGAGUAUACCAAUACUUUAAAAUAUUGAUUUAGUGUUGUGUAUAUAUGAUCUUCUUAGCUUCCUUGAACAUAGGAGGGGAAAGGUGGGAUAUACAUUUUAUAGAAUAAAUAAACAGUCAGGUUUUGGACAAGCAUUGUAACAGAGAUCUAUUUGGGGGCUUCCAUAAAAUUCAUCUGAGAUCGUCAGCAUUCCCGAGUGAAUACUGGUUGUAUUUUUAAUACCACAUUGUGUGUGUAUUGUGUGUGUGUAUAUCAUGUGUGUGUGUGUAUAUAUAUAUAUAGAGAGAGAGAGAGAGAGUGUGUGUGUAUAAAUCAUCUGGCCACCCCCAGUUUCUCUGCUGACUAAUUUGGUGCCUGUGCUGCUGGAAAAGUUGGCUUCCCACAUUUGCCUCCAGUUGUUCCUUCCCUGCCCAUUCUGAAGCCGAUUCAAGAGUGCUCCCUCCUCCCCCUCCCUACCCUAGUGCGGGGAGGAGGAGGAAGAGCGCGCGAGAGCCAGGUUUACUUGCACACAGAAAUGUGUUGCAUCAAGGCUUAGACCUGCUGCUGGUAUUUAAGAGCAGCCUCCGUUGGCUUAGGGAGACUGGGCAGAGAAUGGCCAUGGUCUCUGCAAUGUCCUGGGUCCUGUAUUUGUGGAUAAGUGCCUGUGCCAUGCUGCUCUGUCAGGGCUCCCUUCACCAUACUUUCCAGCAGCAUCACCUGCACAGACCAGAAGGAGGAACGUGUGAAGUUAUAGCAGCACACAGAUGUUGUAAUAAGAAUCGGAUUGAAGAGAGAUCGCAAACAGUAAAAUGCUCCUGUCUACCUGGGAAAGUGGCUGGGACAACGCGGAACAGACCAUCUUGUGUUGACGCAUCGAUAGUCAUUGGGAAAUGGUGGUGUGAGAUGGAGCCCUGCCUAGAGGGUGAGGAAUGCAAGACGUUACCUGACAAUUCAGGCUGGAUGUGUGCAACUGGCAAUAAAGUCAAGACCACCAGAAUUCACCCGAGAGCCUAAGAGUCUUCUGACAGCAGCCAGUGAAGGAUCCCCUGACACAGAGGACAUAAAUCUUGAAAGUUUAAACCAUCUCCAGCUUUUCCAAGCCAAAUGGGAUUUUUUUUUUUUAAAUUUGCACUUUAACUCUGUACCAGAGGAAACUACAGAGGAAACUACAGUAGCUUUACUUGUGUGGAGUCAAAUGCCCUAGGAAAAUAAUGGACCAGAUUUGGCAACAGAGAAGAGCAACAAACAAGGAAAGAAAGCAGUGCUUCAGACUCUCAUGAUUCUGAAAUAUGAACAAAAGUUCUAUAAGUGUGGAUCUACAAUUUUCUUUGUACUCUUUAAAGGUAUAUAAUUAAAUAAGAUAUUUUGAAAUAAAGCCUGAGCAGAACCACACUUGAAUGCAACUGCUUUGGAACCUUUUUUUAGUGGCAAAGAAGAUUCGAUCAAGGAGACACUGGAUAGGGAUUACAAACAAGGAUGACUACUGACAAAGGAACUGGAAUGUUGUUUCUCUUUUAUGGUUAUUAUUUCAACUGGACAUUCAGGGGGAUUCCAUUAUUCCAUUUUCUUGUGUUCUGGAGUCUUUUUCUUUACCCCCCCCCCUCCUCCUCGUGCAACACUAGCAUGCUGGCUUUGCUUACAUUAACCAUACUUUAUACAUAAUUGAUAUGUAAUCCCAGUUCUACCCUCCUCCAAGAACAUCUUUUGGGGACAAUUAGCUGUCCCACAAUGAAGAGAAAGAUGACUCUCAGCAUUUAAAAGACACAGGCUAUGCUCAGAAGUUUCUUUGGCAGACUUUUGGUAGACUGCGGGCAACCUCCUUAUUAAAGACAUCCUGUACAGAUAAUUGUCUACAGACUUUGUAUAGCUGGUAUAGGCAACCCUAGUAAAAAACAAACAAAACUGA